UCCUGUCUGUGGCCUGUCAUUCGGUGGUUCUCAUUCACACGUAUUAUUUUCUCUUCCAAUAUCUUCUUCUUCUUUCUUCUCCUCCUCCUCCUCCUUUCUGCCCCAGCAGAUUCAGAUUCUCUUCACUUUCUCCUCCCAAUAAAUCACUAAACAAAAGAAAGCUUAAAGGGUUCAGAGAAAAGGCAAAACAGAAAAGAGAGAUGUUAAGUCCACUGAGACUUUUAACUCCACUUAAUCCAACCUCAACACCCCUUUUCUCUUCUACUUCUUUUGAUUUUUCAUCUAAUUGUUACGGGUUUUCUGAAAAACCUGUUUUCAGAAAAUGGGGUUUAUCAAAGCAGAGAUCUUCUUCUACUUCAAAGUUUAAAUCAGGGAAUCUUAAUUCUUCAAACUUGUGGCUUUGCGGAUGUAUGAGAAGAGAUGAGGAUGCGAGUAGUUCGAAAAAUGAGGGGGACAGUGAAGUGCGGAUGUUUGGAUCUGAUGAAGAUUUUGCCACAAAAGUUCCUACUCAAGCUCAGACCAUGGUAGAAGGCUCAGGGUCAUAUAUGGUGUCUGAAUUCAAACCUUCCUCAGAUGUGGACUACUUGCAGGAGCUGCUAGCAAUCCAACAACAGGGUCCAAGAGCAAUUGGAUUUUUCGGGACACGAAAUAUGGGUUUCAUGCAUCAACAACUUAUUGAAAUUCUUAGUUAUGCGAUGGUUAUAACAAAAAAUCAUAUUUAUACAUCGGGAGCAUCUGGGACAAAUGCAGCUGUUAUAAGGGGUGCUUUACGGGCCGAGAGGCCAGAGCAACUUACGGUAAUAUUACCUCAAAGUUUGAAGAUGCAAUCUCCCGAGAGCCAAGAAUUACUAUCUAAAGUGAAAAAUGUGAUAGAGAAACCCCACAAUGAUCAUCUCCCUUUGAUAGAAGCUAGCAGAUUGUGCAACUGGGACAUCCUAUCAAAUGUACAACAAGUCAUUUGUUUUGCGUUUCACGACAGCCGCUUACUUAUGGAAACAUGUCAAGAGGCCAAGAACCUUAGAAAAAUCGUCACUUUGUUCUACUUAGAUUAAAAAACCUGAAAGUUCAAGAUAUUUAUACAUCACUUUAGAGAAAGAAAAUUGUGUCUUCUUCAGUUGCUAGUGUUCCUCUUCACCAAAGUAUUUGAAGUAAAUAUUGAAAUGGGCGAUAAACCGAAAAGAGAGGUCUCAAAUUCGAGGUUACAUCAUUGAAAAUUCGGGAAAAGAGCAGUCGAAAUAAUUGUUAUUAAUUGGAUCAUGAAUGAAAUUUUUAUUGCCUUGAAGAUAUAACAGCCUAUUUCAUGUUUUUGCUACUUGGAAAUUGAUUGUAAAUUUACACCACUCUAGUUUCUCCGACA